AUGAGACACGGCAGAGACUCCGGCACAGCAUUACAGCAAAUGCGAACACCGCGUACAGCCUUCAACACACACCGGGCCGCGCUACCGGCCAGUGGAAUUUAUAGAAAGCAAGAGAGUACAUCUGUCAAGCAAAUAGCAGAUGAUCUUUUGGCCUGCAAUGUCAUGUCUUGUGAAGAAGUGAAUACCAUUGCCUAUGAAAAGGUUGAACAAGAAGCCUCAAGAAUGAUGAUUUACAUGGUUUUGAGUAAAGGUUCAGAAGCCUGCAAUAUUUUGGUUAAGUCACUUGAGAAACACAACCCUUUUCUUUUUCAUGACCUGCAAGGAUCAUGUGGAUUUACUGAUGGAAUAAAGAAACUUGUGAAUGCUGAGGAGCUUGUAUUUGACAACAUAAGUAUGGAUGAAAGUGAUGCAAAAAAAUUAGCUGAAGGUAUCAGAAAUUUGAGAAAGCUAUGCUUAUUAUACAUGAAUCAUUUGACAGCUAUUGGGGAUGGCAUAACCUACAUUGUAAGAUCAGUCUGUGAUGAAGAUGAACUUGAAGAAAUACAACUAGUCAGCUACUUUAUGUCUACUGAUGCUGUGGAAAUUUUAGGUAAGAAUAGUAAUAACUUGGAGAACAUUUCUCCAUUAGACUCCUUGCUGGUCGAUGAAUCUGAGGAUGUGUCACAGACUGAAUUGUUAGUGGAAGUGGAACCAUCAACAAAUUGA